UGACAGCCAAAUGGUGCGACAGGAGGAGCUGCCGCCGCGGCCGCACCGCCCCGGACCGAGAGGCUUGAGGCGGCUCCUGGCGUCGCCCGGAGGGAGCGACUGAGCCAGACCGUCCGGCGCGGGCGGCGGCGGGCGGCGAGGGGAGCCCGCUCCGAGUGCCCCGCUCCCCGCCGCUCUCCAUGACCGCGGCGGAGUGAGCCGCGCCUCCAGCCGGGGCUGCGCCUCCAUGAAGCCCUAGGGCUCUCCUCGCCCUCCGGUCCCGUCCCGCCUUCUCCCUUCGCCAGCGGCGGCCGCGGCCAGGUGCGGAGUCCGGAGCGGAGCAAUGGCGUCCCACCCCGAGCGGGGGGAGAUCCUGCUCACCGAGCUGCAGGGAGAUCCCCGAAGUCUUCCAUUUUCUGAGAAUGUGAGUGCUGUUCAGAAAUUAGACUUUUCAGAUACAGUGGUGCAACAGAGACUGGAUGAUAUCAAGGAUCGAAUUAAGAGAGAAAUAAGGAAGGAGCUGAAAAUCAAAGAAGGAGCUGAAAAUCUGAGGAAAGUCACAACAGAUAAGAAAAGUUUGGCUUAUGUGGACAACAUUUUGAAAAAAUCAAAUAAAAAAUUAGAAGAAUUGCAUCACAAGCUACAAGAACUAAAUGCACAUAUUGUUGUAUCAGAUCCAGAGGACGUUUCAGAUUGUCCAAGGACUCCAGAUACUCCCAGUAGUGACCCCCGUUGUUCCACCAGCAACAAUAGACUGAUGGCCUUACAAAAACAACUGGAUAUAGAACUUAAAGUAAAGCAGGGUGCGGAGAACAUGAUACAGAUGUAUUCAAAUGGAUCUUCUAAAGAUCGGAAACUCCAUGGCACAGCUCAGCAACUGCUCCAAGACAGCAAGACAAAAAUAGAAGUGAUACGAAUGCAGAUUCUUCAGGCAGUCCAGACCAAUGAAUUGGCUUUUGAUAAUGCCAAACCUGUCAUAAGUCCUCUUGAACUUCGAAUGGAAGAAUUAAGGCAUCAUUUUAGGAUAGAGUUUGCAGUAGCAGAAGGUGCAAAGAAUGUAAUGAAAUUACUUGGCUCAGGAAAAGUGACAGACAGAAAAGCACUUUCAGAAGCUCAAGCAAGAUUUAAUGAAUCCAGUCAGAAGUUGGACCUUUUAAAGUACUCAUUAGAGCAAAGGUUAAAUGAGCUUCCCAAGAAUCACCCUAAAAGCAGUGUUAUUAUUGAGGAGCUCUCCCUCGUUGCGUCGCCAACUCUUAGUCCACGGCAGAGUGUGAUAUCUGCACAGAACCAGUACAGUACGCUCUCCAAACCAGCAGCACUAACAGGUACUUUGGAAGUUCGUCUUAUGGGCUGUCAAGAUAUCCUAGAGAAUGUUCCUGGACGGUCAAAAGCAGCAUCGGUUGCACUACCUGGCUGGAGUCCAAGUGAAACCAGAUCAUCUUUCAUGAGCAGAACAAGUAAAAGUAAAAGCGGAAGUAGCCGAAAUCUCCUAAAAACUGAUGACUUAUCCAACGAUGUGUGUGCGGUUUUGAAGCUAGAUAAUACUGUGGUUGGUCAAACUAGCUGGAAACCCAUUUCCAAUCAGUCAUGGGACCAGAAGUUUACACUGGAGCUAGACAGGUCACGUGAACUGGAAAUUUCAGUUUAUUGGCGUGAUUGGCGAUCUCUGUGUGCUGUAAAAUUUCUGAGGUUAGAAGAUUUUUUAGACAACCAGCGGCAUGGCAUGUGUCUCUAUUUGGAACCACAGGGUACUUUAUUUGCAGAGGUUACCUUUUUUAAUCCAGUUAUUGAAAGAAGACCAAAACUCCAAAGACAAAAGAAAAUUUUUUCAAAACAACAAGGCAAAACAUUUCUCAGAGCUCCUCAAAUGAAUAUUAAUAUUGCCACUUGGGGAAGGCUAGUGAGAAGAGCUAUUCCUACAGUAAAUCAUUCUGGCACCUUCAGCCCCCAAGCCCCCGUGCCUGCUGCAGUGCCAGUGGUUGAUGUGCGCCUUCCUGAGCUAGCACCUCCAGCUACUGAUUCUACAGUAACCAAAUUGGACUUCGAUCUCGAACCCGUACCUCCUCCGGCCCCACCACGUGAUUCUUCCCUUGGAGAAGUAGAUGAAGCUGCUGAAUUAAGAGAUCUGGAUACACCAGGACAGGAUUCAGAAACUCUUUUUGAUACUGAGAAUGACAGAAAUAGUAUCCUUCCAAAGUCUCAGUCUGAAUAUGAACCUGAUAUUCCUCAGUCGGGCUUAGAAUAUAGUGGUAUUCAUGAACUUGAGGACAGAAGAUCUCAACAGAUGUUCCAGUUUAAUCUACAAGACUUCAGAUGUUGUGCUGUCUUGGGUAGAGGACAUUUUGGAAAGGUGCUUUUGGCUGAAUAUAAACACACAAACGAAAUGUUUGCUAUAAAAGCCUUAAAGAAAGGAGACAUUGUGGCUCGAGAUGAAGUAGACAGCCUGAUGUGUGAAAAAAGAAUUUUUGAGACUGUGAAUAGUGUGAGGCACCCCUUUUUGGUGAACCUCUUUGCCUGUUUCCAGACCACGGAGCACGUUUGCUUUGUGAUGGAGUACGCCGCCGGCGGGGACCUGAUGAUGCACAUUCACACCGAUGUCUUCUCUGAACCCAGAGCCGCAUUUUAUGCUGCAUGCGUGGUUCUUGGGUUGCAGUAUUUACAUGAACACAAAAUUGUUUAUAGAGAUUUGAAAUUGGAUAACUUAUUGCUAGAUACAGAGGGCUUUGUGAAAAUUGCUGAUUUUGGUCUUUGCAAAGAAGGAAUGGGAUAUGGAGAUAGAACAAGUACAUUUUGUGGCACUCCGGAAUUUCUCGCCCCGGAAGUGUUAACGGAAACGUCCUACACGAGGGCGGUGGAUUGGUGGGGUCUUGGUGUGCUCGUAUAUGAAAUGCUUGUGGGUGAGUCUCCCUUUCCCGGUGACGAUGAAGAGGAGGUUUUUGACAGUAUCGUGAAUGACGAAGUGAGGUAUCCAAGGUUCUUAUCGACAGAAGCCAUUUCAAUAAUGAGAAGGUUACUAAGACGAAAUCCUGAGCGGCGCCUUGGAGCUGGUGAGAAGGAUGCAGAGGAUGUAAAGAAGCACCCAUUUUUCCGAUUAAUUGAUUGGAGUGCUCUGAUGGACAAAAAGGUCAAGCCGCCCUUCGUUCCCACCGUGAGAGGGCGAGAAGACGUGAGUAAUUUCGAUGACGAAUUUACCUCGGAGGCGCCUAUUCUUACUCCACCUCGAGAACCAAGGAUACUUUCAGAAGAGGAGCAGGAGAUGUUCAGAGAUUUUGACUACAUUGCUGAUUGGUGUUAAGUUCCUGCACACUGUGAAACAAGCAGACUGGCUCACAAGAAGACCUCUUAAAAUAACAACCUUCAUUUGCUCUCUGUGCCACCAGUAGCUUCUGAGUUUGCUUAAGACACGUGACGAUGUGUUUAAAAGUACUCUGCUAAUACUUUCUUGAAACGUGGCCUCUCAGUGUAUUUUCACCGUAAAUCUGAGCACUGGAAACAGUUCAUGGAGUUUCAGCUGAAUGAACAUCGGCCAUGAACAUCCAUCAAAAAUGAACACUUUGGGAUCAGUGGUCUUAUUUUUAGAAAAAGAAAACUCUCCUGCAGCCCCCAGCUUCGCCGUAUGCCUGCCUUCAGUGGCAGGAAAAUGAAUCAGCCAACUCUCUCAGCCGCGUCUUACAAAAAGAGAGAAGGGGCUCGGAUGCCGUUACUGCGCAUACAUAGCACGAUUCCGUUUGAAUAAGGCAGAUGCUCUUGUUUUUUUUUUUUAAGAAAUUACUGUCAUAUCAAAAAAAAUGUAGUGGCAGUGUGUGCACAUUUGGGGGCUUUCUUUAACGAAAUGAAUUGAUGUCUUGAAUUAUAAAUUUUCUAUAUUUAUUAGGAGAAAAAUUUUUAUAGCCUUAUCUUUAUCAGCCAUGUAACACAGCCUCAUAGCUUUCCAGAAGAGCUACUUGCCAAACAGUUUUGUUCAUUAAAUCAACCGUAGCGGAAACAAACAGGGACAACUUAACAUCUGCAUUUACUUAAAAUUUUUAAAUGAGGACUUAUGAUCAGCCUGAACCGAGGUACUGUUACCUCUGCGCAUUCCCAAAGUCUAGAUACUCAGUAUGUCACACCUCUUCUUCCAAAAGCGGUGAACUGGUUACUACUUUUUUGAUACUCAUUGUACGUUUAUCCGCCUAGUUCAUCUUGUUCUCGUGUCUGCUGUAGAAGGGAAGCGUGUCGCUGUUGCGACAGCGGGGUCAUCACUGUGUACAUGCUGUGAACGUGCGUAUGCGCCAGUUGUAAUGGAUUCCCGUCGGAGGUUUGCUGCUGAAGCCCACCGCUUCCUCCCUUUCGUGCAGUGGCCAGGCAGACACCUCCGACUCCAGCGUGUACGUUAAGUGCAUGUGUACAUUGGAGGCCACUGGAUCCAGAUCUUCAUAUUGGCAGUUACUGAGGGCAAAAGCAAUAUAUUAUAACAGAAUGUAUAAAUAUUUUUGAUAAAACAGUCUAUAUUUUAUAAAAUUAUUAUAACACUAAAGCUGUACCUCAAAAGUCAAAAAUAAUUUGAUCAAAUACCUUUUGCAACACUUCAGAGGAUCCACUUGUGGCUUUUUUUAAUGCUCUUAUAGGAAAGUGUUUUUGCAAGCCAUGACUCUUCUACUUGCCUGGAGUUUUUUUGGGGUUUUUUGUUUUAAUUAUUUUCCCUCCUCCUCUUAUGACUUUAUUGGUUUUCGUUAGUUCCGCAAUAACUAAUCUUUGAUUCUAUGCUUCGUGUGGUAGAGCCAUCAUACCUCAGGAAGAGCACGUGUUGACUGACCGGGUACUGAGUUAAGCAUUUCGUCACAGUGAGCUCUUGUCGUGAGAGCUGUUCAAGAUUAAAUCCCGUGAGAAAAAUGAAAGCGCAUGGAUUUAUAGAGAGUUGAGCUGAAAACAUUUAUGAAUAUUUCAGCCGUGCCAGAGUGUGUCGGCAUGUUUCUCUUGUCCUCUGAGAACAAUUAAGAUUGUUCAGAGAUAAUUCCUAUUUCUUUAUGAAUUGAUUAUUGCCCACGAUCCUUUGGGUGGAAAUCUUAUAGGAGGGAGCAAUAUGUUAUUUAAAAUUAUUUUAAAAUGCCAUUUAACUUCCUUGGCAAAGGACAAUAGAGGAUCUUAGUUUAAUUGUCUGGUUUUAAUUUAAACAGUGUUAAUACAAUUAAAAAAAAAAACAACACUAAAUGCUUUUGAGGUACAGUCUGCUCACCUUUUCUGGUUCUCAAAUGUGCAGAGAAAGCAAAGGCCUCAAACCGGCUUUUAGCUUUAAAACCUGACCUAACGCUUUGUAACCACACAGUGUACAGAUUAUUUUUAAUUGAAGUCAAUCACUAAAAAAAAUUAGAGGGCAGGGUAUAUUCACACAAUUAAGCUGAAGAAAGCACUAAUUUUUUCUGUAGUCUUAAAUAUAUAUAUUUUAGAUUUUAAAUUUUUAAACUCUAUGGAGUGUAAAUAUAUUUUGUUAUUACUGUAUGUGUAAGUGACUGCUCAAGCACUUUGCAAGGAAAUCAGGAUAUUUUAGAAUGGUACACUAUGCAUUCAGAAGAAAUGUGCCUUCAUGUCAUUUUAAGAAAAAGUGUUUUGCAGUCAUAAGUUACCACAAAUGCACAAAUUAAAGUUGAAAUAGAUUGUAA